GUUUUCCGGCUCCGCCCUGUACUUGCCCCUCCCACCCCACAGACUCUCUGUCGCCACCGCUUGCAAGUCCCUGCCCUGAGUAACCGGUAUCAGUAGUGCGACUGAGACAGAUGCUGAGCCGUGGGGGACUCCCCGAAGGCUAGCGGUGGGGGAUCCCGCUAGUGGAGGCGGCUCAGGGCGUGGUGUCCUUGCUGCUUGCCAGCUGGGAGGGACAGCGAACCCCGGCCUGCACGGUGUAUUGACUGAUGUUUAAUGAGAAUAAUUGUGACCAGUUAGAAUUUUCUGCAAGGAAUGGAAUUAGCUCAUAGCUUACUGCUGAAUGAAGAAGCAUACAGUCAACUAGGCGAAGUUCAGAAGGCAGAGUUUAUUUUUGAUUGGUUGAGAUAUUUGGAGAAACUAUUGCUAGCAACCAGCAGGAGUGAUGUAAAGGAGAAACAGAAGACUCUUGUGGAACAGCUCCUGUCUUUGUUGAACAGCUCCCCAGGGCCUCCUACCCGCAAACUCCUUGCUAAGAAUCUAGGCAUUCUUUAUAGUAUUGGAGAUACAUUCUCUGUCUAUGAGACAAUCGAUAAAUGUAAUGAUCUUAUCCGUAGCAAAGAUGAUUCUCCAAGUUACCUUCCCACUAAGCUUGCUGCUGUGGUAUGCUUGGGUUCCUUAUACAAGAAGUUGGGUAGAAUACUGGGUAACACCUUUACUGAUACAGUGGGGAAUAUUCUUAAAGCUAUGAAGAGUGCAGAGUCUCAAGGUCGCUAUGAGAUUAUGCUGAGUCUGCAAAAUAUAUUGAAAGGACUUGGAGCUGCUGCUGCACCUUGCCACAGGGAUGUUUAUAAAGCUGCUAGAUCCUGCUUGACAGAUAGGUCCAUGGCUGUUCGUUGUGCUGCUGCAAAGUGUCUCCUUGAACUUCAGAGUGAGGCCAGCUUCAUGUGGAGUACAGACCUGGACAGUGUGGCCACACUAUGUUUUAAGUCCUUUGAAGGUUCCAAUUAUGAUGUACGGAUUUCAGUUUCAAAGCUACUAGGGACAGUGUUGGCUAAUGCUAUAAUUUCUAAACAUCCAGGAAAAGCAGCCUCACGUCAAAGCAUGCGCAGAGCAUCUCUGGAGGAAGUUCUUGAAUUACUAGCAACAGGGUUUCUACGUGGGAGCUCAGGAUUUCUUCGAGCCAGUGGUGAUAUGCUGAAGGGAACCAGUUCAGUCAGUAGGGAUGUUCGAGUUGGAGUUACGCAGGCUUAUGUGGUAUUUAUUUCAACACUAGGAGGAACAUGGCUAGAGAAAAAUUUUGCUGCCUUUCUAUCUCAUAUCCUGAGCCUUGUGUCACAGUCGCAUCCCAAAGUCACCCAGGCUCAGAGUGAUGCUGUCUGCAGUCGCCGUUGUGUUUCAUUUAUCCUUCGAGCUACUAUAGGAGGCCUUCUUGGAGAAAAGGCUCAAAUUGCUGCUGCCAAGGAUAUUUGCCAGACUAUCUGGAAGUUAAAGAAAGUAGUGGAUGCUGUGAUGAGUGACGGUAAUGUGGAAACCCGGCUUGGCUCCACAGAUGUAGCAGCCAGUCAGCAUAUGCUGGUAUGUGCUUUACAAGAACUUGGAAAUCUCAUACACAGUCUCGGCACCACAGCUGCACCAUUGCUGCAGGAUUCAAGUACAGGCAUUCUUGACAGUGUCAUUUCAGUUAUUCUUCAUCCUAGCAUUUCUGUUCGACUAGCAGCAGCUUGGUGUUUACACUGCAUUGCUGUGGCAUUACCUUCUUACCUAACACCUCUCUUAGACCGUUGCCUUGAAAAGCUUACUGUACUUAAGUCUUCACCAGAAGCAGUGACUGGCUUUAGUUUUGCUGUGGCAGCUUUGUUGGGAGCAGUGAAACAUUGUCCUUUAGGAAUUCCUCACGGAAAGGGCAAGAUUAUUAUGACAUUAGCAGAGGAUUUGCUGUGUUCUGCUACUCAGAACAGUCGCCUUUCAGCUCAGCGCACACAAGCUGGAUGGUUACUGAUUGCUGCUCUGAUGACAUUAGGUCCUGCAGUUAUCAGUCAUCACCUUGCUCGAGUUCUACUGUUGUGGAAGUGUGUCUUUCCAGUGUCUCCUAAAGAUCUAGAAACAGAAAAGAGCCGAGGAGAUUCGUUUACCUGGCAGGUAACCUUAGAAGGACGAGCUGGUGCACUCUGUGCUAUCAAGAGCUUUGUUUCCCACUGUGGUGAUCUCCUUACUGAGGAAGUAAUUCAGCGUCUUCUUCCACCACUUCCUUGUGCUGUGGAUUUGCUAACUCAGCUUUCUUCAAUACUAAAAACAUAUGGAAGUCCUUUGAAAACUCCAUCAGUAGUUUAUAGACAGAGGCUUUAUGAAUUACUGAUUUUACUACCUCCUGCAACCUAUGAAGGAAACCUCUGUGCUAUCCUCAAAGAACUGGCUGCUGACUUGACUGCCCCUGACAUACAGGUGGCAGCAUCCACAUUUUUACUUCCACCACUCUGUCAUCCAGAUGAUCUUUUGUUACUAAAUCCUUUACUUCAAGAAACGGACCAUAGAUUUAUUGAAGAACAGCUCCUGCUUAGUAAUGGUAUUGCUUGUGGAAGUCUCGAGUAUGACCCUUAUUCUGUCUAUGAGAAUGAUGUAGAAGGAAAUUCAGUGCCUAAGCCCCUACCUCCAGCACUGUCAGUUAUUAGCUCUGCAGUCAAGCUCUUCGGAGUUGUAUGUGCUCAUGUGGGAGAAGCUCAAAGGCUUCUUAUACUGGAACAGCUUUUGGACAGUAUAAAGCACACAAAAGGAGCUCGGCAACAAGUAGUUCAGUUACAUGUUGUUUCUUCUGUUUCUAGUUUCUUGAAGUAUGUGGCUGGUUCCAAGGGAAAUUUGGGUCCAGAAGAAAUGAGAAGACCUGCCCUAGCAUUAGUGAUGGGUGCCUUAGAAAGUCCCAACCCCCUCUUGAGAUGUGCAGCUGCAGAGGCAUGGGCUAGGUUAGCCCAGGUAGUUGAUGAUGGACCUUUUACUGCUUCAUUAGCUCAAGUGAGCUUUGACAAACUGAAAUCAGCAAGGGACGCGGUUACCAGAACAGGGCAUUCAUUGGCUUUGGGAUCCCUCCAUAGGUAUUUAGGAGGAAUAAGUUCUCAACAUUUGAAUUCUUGUGUGGGAAUCCUUUAUACUUUGUCUCAGGACAGCACUUCUCCUGAUGUGCAGACCUGGGCACUACAUGCUCUAUCACUGAUAAUUGAUUCUGCUGGCUCACUCUAUUAUAUGCAUGUGGAACCUACCCUUUCCCUUACUAUAAUGUUGUUAUUAAAUGUGCCUCCUACUCAUGCUGAAGUUCAUCAAAGUCUUGGUCGUUGUUUGAUUGCCCUUAUUACUACUUUAGGCCCAGAGCUACAAGGUAACAGUACUUCAAUUUCUGCCUUAAGGACGUCCUGUCUGUUGGGCUGUGCAGUGAUGCAAGAUAACCCAGACUGCCUUGUGCAAGCUCAGGCCAUCUCUUGCCUUCAGCAACUUCAUAUGUUUGCUCCACGAUAUGUCAACUUGUCUAGCCUGGUCUGCUGCCUCUGUGUGAAUCUUUGUAGUCCCUAUUUGUUACUGAGAAGAGCAGUACUGGCUUGUUUACGUCAGCUUGUGCAGAGAGAAGCAGCUGAAGUUUCAGAACAUGCUCUUACACUUGCUAAGGAUAGCAGAGAAGAGUUGAUUCCAGAUGCUAGAUCAAGGAGAAUAGGACUUGAAGGAGCAUUACUGACCUUACUAGACAAAGAGACAGAUCACAGAUUGUGCCAUGAUAUCAAAGAGACUUUAAAUCAUAUGCUCACAUCUAUGGCAGUGGAUAAACUUUCAUUUUGGUUAAAGCUUUGUAAAGAUGUACUUGCUGCAUCAGCUGAUUUUACAACUGUAACUUGUGUGGAUACAAUGCAAGAAGAGGAAGGCGAUAAAGGGGAUGAUGCUUCAGUUCUGACCCCCAGAAGUGGUGACAGAUUCCAUCCUUUCACCAAUCCCCGAUGGGCUACCAGAGUCUUCGCUGCUGAAUGUGUCUGUAGGAUAAUUAACCAGUGUGAGAAUGCACACUGUGCACAUUUUGACAUUGCGUUAGCACAAGAAAUGAAAAGAAAGGAUUCAAGAAAUGACUUUUUGGUGCUACAUCUUGCCGACUUAAUUCGCAUGGCUUUUAUGGCUGCCACAGAUCAUAGUGACCAGCUCCGUCUUUCUGGCCUUGAAACAUUGUUAAUUGUUAUUCGGAGAUUUGCAAGUAUUCCAGAACCAGAGUUUCCAGGACAUGUAAUUCUGGAACAGUAUCAAGCCAAUGUAGGAGCAGCACUUAGACCAGCCUUCACUUCUGAGACACCACCUGAUGUCACUGCAAAAGCAUGCCAGGUUUGCAGUGCCUGGAUAGCAAGUGGAGUUGUAAGUGACCUUAAUGAUCUCCGAAGAGUUCAUCAUUUGCUGGUUUCAUCAUUAACAAAAAUACAGGCUGGAAAAGAAGCUCUAAGUCACUUAUAUAAUGAAAGUGCUUCUACAAUGGAGAUCCUAGCCGUGCUAAAAGCCUGGGCAGAGGUCUACAUAAUCGCUGUGGAAAGACAUAAAAACCACAAACAACCUUUGAAGACUACCACCUUUUCAGAAGAGAGUGUUAGAAAUGGGUCAUACUCAUCCGAUGGGCUGCUUGACUUAGUCCACACAGACCUGGGCACCCUAAGUAGGCUCUGGCUUGCUGCACUUCAGGAUUUUGCUCUCUUAACUUUGCCUUCAGAAUUUGCCUCCCAACUUCCUCUUGAAGGUGGUACCUUCUACACAGCAGAGACCAGUGAAAAUGCAAAAGUGCACUAUUACAACUCAUGGGCGCUUAUCCUCCAUGCUACAGCAUUGUGGCUUACAAGCACAGGAUUUGCUGACCCAGAUGAAGGAGGUUCUAAUCUCUCGAGGCCUGUAACACCAACUUCCAUGUGUCAGGGUUCAUCAUCUGGGGCUACCAUAAAGUCUCCUGAGGAUGUCUACACUGAUAGAUUCCAUCUUAUUUUAGGAAUCUGUGUGGAAUUUCUGUGCUCCUUGCGCUCGGAGGCAACCAUGGAAAGUAUUACUGCUUGUUUACAUGCAUUGCAGGCCCUUCUAGAUGUUCCUUGGCCCAGAUCUAAAAUUGGCAGUGAUCAGGACUUGGGUAUCGAGUUGCUGAAUGUACUACAUCGAGUAAUUUUGACCCGAGAAUCACCUUUGGUUCAAUUGGCUUCACUUGAAGUGGUAAGACAGAUUAUCUGUGCAGCUCAAGAACAUGUGAAGGAGAAAAGACGAAGUGCAGAAGUUGAUGAUGGGGCUGCUGAAAAGGAAACCUUGCCAGAAUUUGGAGAGGGAAAGGACACAGGAGGACUUGUGCCUGGGAAAUCUUUGGUUUUUGCAACACUAGAAUUGUGUGUGUGCAUUCUAGUUAGACAGCUCCCAGAACUAAAUCCUAAACUGAUGGGCAGCCCCGGAGUAAAAGCUACCAAGCCACAGAUGCUGUCAGAAGAUGGAAGCAGAUUGGUUUCAGCUGCAUUAGUUAUCCUCUCUGAACUUCCCGCAGUGUGCUCUCCUGAAGGAAGCAUCUCAAUUCUCCCCACUAUACUGUACCUCACCAUUGGGGUUCUCAGAGAAACUGCUGUGAAGUUACCUGGGGGCCAGUUAUCUUCAACAGUUGCAGCCUCCCUUCAGGCUCUGAAAGGAAUAUUGUCUUCUCCCAUGGCCAGAGCAGAGAAGAGCCAGGCUGCUUGGACGGACCUUCUCCGUAGCGCUUUAACAACAGUUCUUGACUCUUGGGACCCAGUAGAUGGAAUACACCAAGAACUUGAUGAAGUCAGUCUACUUACUGCUAUCACAGUAUUUACCUUGUCUGCCAGUCCAGAAGUAACAAUUAUCCCGUGCCUUCAGAAGCGCUGUAUGGAGAAAUUUAAGGCUACUCUUGAGAUUAAAGAUCCUGUGGUACAAAUCAAGACCUAUCAGCUCCUACUUUCCAUUUUCCAGUGUCCAAAUCCAGCUGUUUCCUAUCCUUACAUUCACUUCUUAGUAUCUUCUAUUGUGGACAAACUACAGGAAAUAGACACGAAAAAGCCUGAAGACACUACUGAGCUUCAGAUCUUUCAAGAAGGCAUAAAGGUCUUGGAAGCACUAGUAACUGUUGCUGAAGAACAGCAUCGCUCUCAGCUGGUGGCCUGCCUUCUACCCAUCCUCAUUUCCUUCCUUUUGGAUGAGAAUGCUCUGGGAUCAGCAACUUCCAUAAUGAGGAAUUUACAUGACUUUGCUUUGCAGAAUCUCAUGCAGAUUGGGCCUCAGUAUUCAGCUGUGUUUAAGAGUGUAAUGGCUUCUUCUCCAGCCCUGAAAGCACGCCUUGAGGCUGCCAUAAAGGGCAAUCAGGAAAGUGUCCGAGUCCGGAUACCAACAUCUAAACAUACUAAGCACCCUGGAAAGAAUUUAAGCAUCCAAUUAAAGACCAGUUUCCUCUGAUGUUACUUUUUUUUCUUUUUUUUUUCAAUAAUAAGCACCUUAAUGUAGUACUUGAUUAUUUCCUUCUCUUUGGGGACAAAAGUGACAUUUUAGACACAAGUGCACUUGGAGGUCUGGUUGAUUGUUUUCAUUUAAAUAGCUGUGACUUUUCAAAGUAACAGCAGACUUACCAUUUUUUAUGUUGUAUGUGUGUGUUCCAUUUAAUAAAACUACAGAGGUCUGUCAGUAUUCUUGCCAGGAAUUUCAAGAAAAGUGCUGAAGAACUGACCUUACUAAACAAUCCACUGCUUUAAAAAUGAAUAACUGAAUCAGAUUCCUGCCUGACAAUCCACAGAUACAUAGUAUACUUAAUACUAGGACCAACAGAUUUGACUCUGUUAUAAAUUAUCUGCAUUAAUAUUGUACCCCAAUUGCUAACUUAAAGUUAUGCCUUAUUCAGCAAUUGCAUUGAACUUUGUUGGAUUUCUCAACAAUGUUAAAUGAUUGGAAAGCUGUUUAGGAAACUUGGUUUAUAAUUAUUCAAAACAUAAUAGUAGAAAUUAAUUACAGCCCUACAGUAUUACUUAAGAUUUGGUGUCUAUAAAUACCAUGGGUUUUCACUACCUUUCAGUUUUGUUUGUAUUAGGUUAAGAAAAUAGAGAUUUUACCCAUUUUAAAUAGAAAGAGGCAUCUUCAGUUUUUCAAGUGGAUUUUCUGUUACCUUUAUUACUAAUAAUUUUGUUCAUUUUUGGAAACAUUCAUACCAAUGACUUUAAUAUAGAUACAUAUCUAUAUUUAAAUCAACUAUGGGUUUACAUAAAUGUCAAAUUUAGUACAACAAAUUUAGAUCAGUGAAUAAAUAUGUUUUUUUAACAUGGAACAUAUUUUAAUAUAGAAAAAAUCUAAAGAUGAAGUCAUUGGUUGAAAGGUAUUUUUUAACUCUUGGUGACUAUCGGCUCCCUUUGCACUUCGGUGUUAUUCUCUGAAUCAAGCACUAUGUCAAAACAGCAUCUCCCUGUUAAGUGUUAAAAACUGAAGUGAUGGGGUGUGUUCGGGAUGGAGAAAAUACUUUGAGUCAAGCAAGAGCAAUGUGAUGUACUUUAUUUUAUUAUGUUUGUAUAUAAAUACUCUUGUAAAUUGUUCUGAAUGAAAAGAUUUGACAAAUUCUAACACUACAAUCAAUUUUUCUAAUUUACAUAAAUAAAGCUAAUUUUCUUAAU